UUAUAACUUUACUCUUUAGGUACUUCUAAUAAUUCGCGAAUGGAGGAUGCCGGUUUUUAAGGUGGAGAAAAACCGUCUGAAUCAAAUAUGAUGUUGAAGUGAAAUGAAGGGAUCCGUGAACAAAUCAAUAUGGCACUCAAGCUAGGAAAAUGCAGAUUGUGCCUGAAACUGGGUGACUUCUAUUCGAUCUUCACUAUGGAUAACAAUUUGCAGUUAGCGGAGAUGGUAAUGGAAUGUGCUCGAGUUAAAAUAUAUGAAGGUGAUGGACUUCCGGACAAAAUUUGUAGUGAAUGUAUACAGAAACUCAGCAGCGCUCACAUUUUUAAACAGCAAUGUGAGAGAUCAGAUCAAGAGUUGAGACGCAAUUAUAUUCCACCUCCAGCUUUCAGUUCUACACCUCCACCGCCAAAUAGACAAAGCAGUGACUCCGCAAUAUCAACUCACCUGGAAGUUUCAAAGCCUUCGUCUUCAAAUGAUAGUAAAAUGUCGAUCGAGAGCAAACUCACUCCCAUCAGUCGUAACAGAAAACGCAGUAAAGAUAGUAUGGGUGACGCAUCAACCAGUAGUGACUGUAGACCAGGCAGUUCCAAAAGAGUCGAAGAAUUAAGAAGGACACGCAAGAAGCCAAAAAUGCUCUCGAAUUACGAUUCCGACUUCGAUGACAGUGGCUCAUUUUACUCUCAGGAAACCGAUUCAGACGAUCCGCUACUGUACAAAUGUGAUAUAUGUUCCAAAGCAUUCAAGUCAAAGAACAGUCUCUCGGGACAUUCUAAAUGUCAUAAAAGAAAAAAUGCAUUAAAAUAUGACUCGGUGACCAAAGAAGAUUCAAUGUUGAAUGCAUAUGUGCCAGAAUUAUCGAAUGUGAGAGACGCUCACGACGAUGACGAUAAACUGAAAUGCGAAAAAUGCGGGAAAGAAUUCAAAUUGAAGAUAAUGCUCAAAAGACACAACGAGAUCUGUAGCAGACCACCGAUGAAAGAGCUUUUGAUAUCUCUAGAGCCGAUCAACAUUACACGUAAAAGAAACAGACUGGAUUGCGAGUUGUGUUCCUUGAAAUCUGGAACUGUGGAGGGCUUGCAGGAGCACAUGAAGCUCGAACACGCCAUGGAACUCGACAAGGACAAGGUGUGCAUGAGGGAUCGCGACGGAAAAAUAUGUGUUCCGUGCUGCUACUGUGAAGAGAAUAUCGACGACUUCUAUAAGUACACCGCUCAUAUCGGCGAAUGUACCAAGAAGGGCAAUGCCGCGGACAUCAUGUGCCCCGUCUGCAAACAGACGACGACGAAAUCCAAUUACUUUGUACACGUUAAGCUGCACUUCUUUCCGACUCGGACGAUUGAAUCUGGUGCUACUAAAGAAAAUUUCCAGUGCAGAAUGUGCAACAAAGAGCUGCCGAGCCAGGAGUUACUGAUCAAACACCUGGCUGCUCACAUGUCCAAUAUAGAUGACGCCGAUGAGGGGGGCGACGAGGAAUCUCGAGCGAGUACAGUUGAAGACUGUGGAUCGAUACAUUCUGAAUACAGCAUAAAUACUCCAAAAACAACCUUGCAGUGUCAACAUUGUGAUAAGACGUUUAAAUAUAAAAAAGCCUUACAAUCUCACGAGGAGAAGCAUAGGCGUGAAGUGAAAAUAGAAGGUCCCGAAACACAUCAGUCAGCAGAUAGCAUCAACGUAAUGGACCCAUCAUUCGCUCAGUACGACUCUGACACUAGUCAAGAAGACGGCGAAGACGAUAACACGUGUGAUAUUUGUGAAAAACAAUUUUCAUACAAGAGACAGCUGUUGCAGCACAAGAGAACCAAGCACCAUAUGACGUCCGGCACCAAGAGGGCGAAGAUUAACCUGAAGGACUGUUCGGUCCGAUGCUUGAUAUGCGAUAUAGAGAUGAAGGUGAGCGCGAUCAACGAGCACAACCAGACGCACAUCUCAGUGAACAUCAAGCCCAAGAACCAGUACACGUGUAUCCAAUGCACUGAACAGUUCAAGAGCUGCAGCAAUCUGGCCAAUCACAUCAAGCUGAUUCACAGACUGAAACAGCAGCCGAUGGAUUCGAAAAUGAAAGCCGAUUUGGCGGAUUUUUGUGAAGUCGUUGUGACCAAGGCGGAACCCCUGGACGAGCUCCAGAAUCACAACGGCGUCAAUGAAAAUUCCGCCACCGAUGUUAAACCUUUAGUCAACAUGAGCGGAUUCAGCUGUCCCACUUGCAACAAAACUCUGCCCACUCUGAUAUCACUUAAGCGGCAUAUCAACUGGCACAAUAAUGUUGGUAAGAACAUGGAAAAGAAAUUGGAAUGCUUUGUAUGUAAAGAGACCUUCCGAUUCCAAUGUCAUUACAAACUGCACAUGCGCGAUCACUACAAGGACACGAAUCUAGACCCGGCCCUACUGACCUGCAACAUCUGCAACAGGAAAAGCAAGCACCUCCGGGCCGCUCAGGCACACAUGAAUUUCCAUAAACAGACUCGCUUCCAGAGCAAGGAUUACGAAUGUUCGAUAUGCAAGAGAGUGUUCCAGCAUCGGAAGGUGUACCUCUCGCAUAUGGCGAUACACUACAAACGCGGCGAGAGCGCCAGCAACACUGUAGUCGGAGCCGAGUUGCCCAAUACGGUGGAUAAAAACGUCUUCGACGGAACCUACAGCUGCCACCUCUGCGGGAAGGUCUGCGAUUCGGAAACCUCGUUGAAACACCACGUGAUCUGGCACAACUCGAAGACGUCCCUGUACGGCGCUCGCCAUCAGUGCGAUAUCUGCAAUUUGCAGUUCACUAACAAGAAACGUCUCGAGCUCCAUACUAGAUCGCAUUUCGAAGACGACAACGGACCUUUCAAGUGCCACAUCUGUGGGAAGGGAUAUCUAGUCGAAGAUUACUUCAAGAGACACGUGAAGGGGCAUAACUUCGAUCAUCAGUCGCAUAAAAAGAGGAUAGAGAGGCUCAGGAAAGACAAAGUGAAAUGUCCGAUUUGCUCGCGAUACUAUCCGGACCUGGGGAAACUGAUCCGGCACCUGCGGCGCACUCACCCGGAGAGCAAAAUGAUCAAACAGGACCCAGACGCCCCAACGCCUCGCUAUUAUUCUUGCAAGCUAUGUGCGAAGGUCUUCUUGGACGAGCGGAGGUUGCAAUACCACGAGGAAGCCCAUCUCAGAAAGCCAGAGUUUUUCAAAUGCAAGUUUUGUGGAAAGAAAACAAUCUCCCUGAAAAAUCAUAGGGUUCACAUAAAGGGUCACUUGACACAGAAGUAUAUCGAUAAUCCUCUGAAAUGUAGCCACUGCGAAGAAACAUUUACACGCGGCUACGACCUCCAAUACCACCUUCGAGACGCUCACGGCGUCAACGAGACGUGGAUAGCGGAACGCGGCGUGCAGACUCCCGACGGACCGCUCAAGGAGUUCCAAUGCUCCAUAUGCUUUAAAAUAUUGGCCAGUAAAGGAAACUUCGAACGACACAUCGACUAUCACAAUUCGCUCCGAUGCAAUUACUGUUUCGAGUACUUCGGUAGUUCCAGGUUUCUGGAGGGGCAUCUCACCUUCAGCUGCGCUAAGAAGAAACUCCUCGGCGACACCGAGAUCUACCCCAAGAAGGUCAAGUGCCAUAUAUGUUACAAGGCUUUCCAUUUGCAAGUCAAGUUAGACUGUCAUUUGCGAACCCAGCACGACAUAAGAACGUUCAAAGAGGCGUUCGAAGGGAAAAAGGAAAUCGUAUGCGAUUACUGUUUCAAAGUGUUCGAAAACGAGUACGCUCUCAGCACGCACAAGAUCUACCACCGCACUGUCGGCUACUACGGCUGUAUCUACUGCAACAGGAAAUUCAAUACCAUGACCCUGUACAGGAAACAUAAGAAUCACCACUUCUCCCAACUCAAUGUGGACAACCCGACCAAGUGUGAACACUGCGAUGAAACUUUCGUGGCCUUCAGGAAGAUGAUCUACCACAUGAGAGACGUCCACGGCGACCACAAGGAGUGGAUCGUGUUGCCGAAGGAAUCCAAACAGGAGAAAUGCAACAUUUGUAACAAAACGUUCUUCAACCUUCAUAGACAUCUGGACUAUCACGAGGAGAACAAGUGUCAGAAGUGCGGGGAGUACUUCUACUCGCGGGCGGACUUCGACAAUCAUCUCUGUGCUAUAGACAGCGAGGAGGAAGUCGCCGACACUAACACUACCGGCGAUCGCAGCCAGUACGAGGAGUGCGAGUUCUGCUUUAAACCAGUCACAAAGAAAAACUCAAAGAAAAUGCAUCUCCAAAUCCAUAGAGGCUCCGGUUCUAUAUCGUGUCGAUUCUGCGACCUCAAGUUCAAGACGAUGGACGCGUUCAAUAUACACGCGUUUUCGCACAGGAGCAGGAAAUACAAAAAGAGACCCAUCAAGUGUAGAAAGUGCGGUGAGCAGUUCGUCAAGUACGGCCCCUUCAUCCGACACAUGAAGUUUGUUCACAAAUCACUCAAGAAGCUGCACUACAGAGCCACCGUGAUGCCAGAGCAGUGCGUGGUCUGCAAGCAAGACUUCCCCAACCUGCACAACCACUAUCGAGCUCAUCUACAGAACCAGUGCCACCUGUGUCUCAAGUACUUCACAUCUUCAAAGUUAUUUUCGUUGCAUCAAUGCGACAAGGAGGAGUCUGAUCCGACCAAAGUGUUCACAUCCGACGCCAACUUGACGGAGCUGAUCAACUCCUAUGUGCCGAGAGACGAAAAAGACGACGAGAAAUAUUACGGAUACGAAGACGAAGGCGAGAACUUGGACGAGAAAGCGAAUGAGAAAACGGAAGUGACGUCAAACGUGCCAUCGCAGGACGAGGACAGUCAGGGCUCUCUAAAUGUAGAGGAAAAGAAAGUACACUCGUUGGUGCACGCGCCCAUUAUAUCAGACGUUCUGUCGCUCUAUAAAAAUAAAUGUAGCAAAAACAGCAUCCGGACUAAAGGUGACCAGAACAGCGUCGGUGGGAGCGUUGUGGUGCUCACGGACGAAGAGUCGGCGGACUACGAGUCUAACGAAGCCUCCGUCAUCACAAUAGACGACUAGUUAGUACAGAGUUAAGUUUUACAUGAAUUUUUUGUAUGAAAAUCUUCAGAGAGUUCAGUUGCAUCUAUCGUCUGGUUUCUGUGAAACUGAAGAGUUAGAUCACAAUACCGCGUGUAGUCAGAGUUAGUCUUACCAGGACACACGUGACCCGGUUUCCUCCUCCUCUAUUUAGUUAACCGUUUCUAUAUAGACUAAGCUCUCGCGUGUAAAUAUACUUAUCACCAGCUAUAACGCUGCCAUGUUGUAAAUAACCACUCUAGGUUAGGCUUUGUAUAACACAGUCGUUUUUAUCAUGUAAGCUGUAUGAUAGUCCGUGCUUUGCGUUUUGGACCUUGUUUCAUUACUUUUAAAUAUCUCUUUCUGUAUAUAUUUAAGUUAAUGUACGUGUUUUUAUUGGUCCGCUUCGCUUCCCUUGGGAAGACGUCUUAUUACAAGGGCAUUUUCUUACUUAUUUGUUUGUAUUUUUGCCGGAUAUUGAUAGUUGUUUACGAUAGGCGUAGCAUGUUAAUGUCUCCAUAGUACGUGAAUGCUGUUUCGAUUAAAGGAUAUUUGUUGAGAUUGUAUCAAACAUAGUCCUGUAGCUUUAAAACGUGAUCAGACGGUGUCGAGUACAUUAAGAACAAUUUACGGAGUGAGGUCUGAGUGAGUUAGUGUGAACUACGUUAGACAUUAAUUGUUCUCAUGAUAUUUUUUUUAUUUAAUUUUGUUGUGAUACUAUUAUAUUAUAUUAAUUUUAUGAUCAAAAUACAUUUAUAAUAGUCACUCGUUCUUAUUGAAUAAAUAUCUUAUUUUAAAUGAAACAUUUAAUAAAAAUUUUACAUAAUUGA